CUGAAAGCUCCUUUAGACUGGUCAGGUUGUUUUGUGGUACCAGUAAUGUGAUACACGGUGCACACAAGCCAGUGUAAUUCUGGAGAUCCUGAAGAGAGCACGCACGCUGUACAAAGUGUUGGUAGCGGAGACCCUAACAGAAUAAACUGUCCGUCCCUCACGCAAGAUGGUGCAGGAAAUAUGUGUUUUCUUCUUCUCGUUGACAGCCCUUGGGGUCCUUCACAUCAUGAACACUGUGCCAGCGUUUCAGGAGCCGACGGUGAUCAUGCAGACUGGACUGGCCGUUUUACUGAUUGUAUUCCUUUUGAUCUACCUCGCUUCCCGCUACAAUCCACCGAAGGAUCCUUUGUUCUACGUGUUUGCGGAAUUCUGCUUCACCUGUGUCAUCGACAUCGUAAGCGCUUUGGAAUAUGAUGGUUUUAUCUCGGGAUAUAUGGACUUCUACCAAAGGCUGGGGGAGCCGUACCUUGGGUCAGCAUAUGCUAUCAUGAUGUGCUACUGGGAUGGAAUAGUGCACUUCAUCAUCUACCUAGUGUUGAUACGCCGCAUGUCCAGCAGGAAGCCUUACCGCAAUUUGGGCCUAUUCUGGGCUGGAUCACUGUUGGCCAACAUGACUGUAUUUUUGAUGGGGAUAGUUGUUGGUAAAUACGGCUCAGAGAUCUAUCCUGCCUUCUGGAUCAACAUGCCUUUCUUGUUACUGCCUAUAUGGGGAGCCAUAUGCCUGUUCCAGAGGCCAAGUGACAUGCCUGCUGUGGCUGUAUCUAAGGCGGUGCGUGAACAGAAGAAAGCUCUGAUCUGGCGCCCUCUGGACCUCCUGCUUGUCAUCUAUCUUCUGGGUGCCAUGGGCUUCACGCUUUUCAGGGGAUUGGCAGUUCUGGAUUGCCCAGUGGAAGUAUUUACAUCAUACACAAAUCAGUAUGAGCCAUAUUUGAAGGAUCCCACGGGCUUCCCCAAGGUUAUGAUGCUGCUGCUCCUCUUCCAUGCUCUGCCACUGUUCAGCUUGUUUGUGUAUGGACUGAUAAUGCCUGGCUGCACCUGGAUGCUGGACUGGACCGUCUACGUUGCUGGUGCUAUCUUACAGACCCAGUGGUGUCACGUUGGAGCCUCUCUGCACCCACGCACCAGUGAAGCGUACCGAGCUCCUGAGUCAACCCUCCUACCCGUGCUCCUCCUUAACCUGCUGUACGCUGUGGGGCCACUGCUGCUUGCCCUGCGCUGCACAGGGGAUCCGGCCUACUUUCUGUCAACUGCACCUGUGGGUCAGGCCAACAAUGAGAAGAAGUGGAGUUAAACCGACCGUAUCUCAAACAAGACACGAAAAAGAUGAAUAUUACUCACAGUUCAAAAGAAAAUGUGCAUGGAAGAGCAAGGAAAAAGAAGAAGAGUUAGGUUUUACACAUAUUAAAACAUUAUUCCUCUGAUCUUCUAAUUGAAUAAUACAAUAUAAUGUAUUUUUAAUCAUAACACUAUCCAGAUUACGUCACCUCAGUGACAAAAACUGGGCUUUGCAUUUUUAAGCAGUGUCAUACUUUUAAGUAUGCAGUUGCAUAAACCGCACAGUUAGAUAUUGUGUUAACUAAUUUCAGAGCGAGACAAUCUCCUCAGGUGUUUUAGCAGCCCAGGUUGAGUGCAGAGGAGUUCUCUCCAGCGCUCACCCCUAAAAGCCAUUCAGAUGGUUGAGUGUACAAGACUCACCAUUUCUCCAGAGAAUAACUAAGAAUUUAAUGAAACUGAGAUUGUUUAACCACUUUUGUCUAGACAGGACCAUUAACAGAGCUCUGUUUAUUUAACCUGUGGCCUCCGAAACCAUUUUAUGAGGCAAUUUAUGUCGACUCAUCUGUUUGCGUCAGGGUUCUAGCCCAUUUCUGUCUACCACUGGUGGUUUUACAGAUGACCUAGUGAGCUGAAAUUCAAUAAAAGAAGCAAUUCUUAACUUUUA